AUGUCCGACUGGGAUGGAUCUGGCGAUGAAUCACGAGAAACGAAAAAUAGACAGGGAGGUAUAGGAUCUGGCUCCAAUGUUGAUCCAACAGGCGGAUCCGACGUGGAAGAAGCAUCCAGCUCGACAAAGGCCUCUAAUGCAAAGAAAAAAGCGUCGUUAAAGCAAAAGCUCGCCGAAAAGGAAGCCGCGCAAAAGAGACGAUUGGAAAGUGGCCAAGAGGAAAAAGAGUACAUGGACCUACGAGAGAAAUUCAUGGACGAAAAGGAGAUGCGACGCGUAAUGCGUGAAAAGGAACUCGAAGCAGACUUGCGCAACGCGAGCGACCUCUUUGGCGAUGCGUCUCUCGAUGACAAAAAGGCCACUUUGACAACGCGCGAUACAUCUAAUACUGCAACAUCAAGUACGAAAACAACACCUGAAAUCCCAGCACAUCUCAAGCCCUUCCUCACACUCCCCGCAAAGAUUCAAACCAAAGCCGAUUUUGAAGCCCUCUCAAAGGCAAUCUACACGCACCUCAUCAAGCCACACACCUCGAGCCCGCAGUAUGGCGCCUUUGUCGAGAUGCACGCGAGGACACUGUGUGGAACGCUCAGGGAGACUGAGACGCGCAAAGUCGCCAACGUCGUGGCGGGAGUGGCGACAGAAAAGGCAGCAGAGGCGCGUAAAGCGGCAAAUGCGACGAAGAAAAAGGCGCAAGCGACUGCCGCGAGUAGCAAAGCAAAGUACGAUUUGAACACGUACGAUGAUGACGACUUUGGGAAUAACCCAGACGACUUUAUGUAG